AUCUUUCUUCUUCCCCUUCUUUCUUUCUCUUUCUUUCUUUCAAACCCAAACGCAGACUUGGAAGGCUACUGCCGGACCUGAAGAUGACGGUUUUCUUCCUUGACUUGCGCUGCAGGAUCAGAUUCCUUCAAAGGUUUCCCUCCUCCAGCUCCAGGUAAAACUUAGAGUAUGCUAAAUGGGAGAUUAGUUUCACUCGACUAUGAAAGUAAGUUGCUUGGAUUGCCCAGUUAGUGACGACUCAUCAACAGUAGAUGAUUCGCUGGCGACUCGGCCACGACCAGACCCAAAUUGAGGCUACAUGACGGGAGAAACAAAGGAAGAAAAACCUGGAAGAACUGGGUCAGACGACCUACUACGGCCGCAACCAGGUCCAACUUGGGUUGGCUAUGGCGAGCAUUGCCCCGACUCAUCCGAUUCGGAUUGGGCAAAAUCAAAUUGGGAAGGAGCUAGGGGAAAGCUGUCACCUUAGCCGCGUCCACAGCUGGAAGUGGAGAAUGGGGAUGAUGAUUGGAGUAGAAGAGGGCUUUGGGUCAGCAAUCCAUUGUAGUGAUGGUUGGAAAUUUUCAUAGGAUCUUCCUAUGAAACCCAGAUACUCAAAUUGAAACUAAAACUUGAAGCUAGGGUUUUGGAUUUUGCAAAGAGAAAGGAGCGAACUUCUACGCUGGGGGGUUUUUCGGAUCUCUUUCAGAGCACAACAGCACCGCUUAACAUAAACUAAAUAAAUAAAAGUGAUAAUUAAAAAAAAUCCUCAAAAACAAUAUGCUCAUGCCGUGUUCUUCAAAUCCCACCUGAAAGGCUGAAUUUAUCCCUUCGAAAUCGUCUCUAGUUCUGAAGGGAGAGUUUUAAAGAGAGAAAGGGAUCAACUUUUAGCUUCUCUCUUGAACUGUCUCUCUGUACUUCUCCUUGGACCAGUUUAGGGUUCUCAGUUUCAGUUCCAAGAUGGUCAGUUCUCGUUUUCAUUUUCCUUUUCUGAAUCACUAAGGUUCACAAGGUUAGGUUUCGACGAACCCAGCAGUUGGGUUCGACAAAACCCAAUAGAUUUGGAUUUCGUCG